CUUCAGCUGUGCUCUGGAUAUUUUUUCAUAUAAAACAGUGGCAAGAAGUCAAGUUAAAUUCUAAGGAUGAAGUUCUGGAUCCUCUGGUGGCUGCUCCUGGCUUUCAUCUUUCAUGGAGAAGCUCUUGAAUGUAAUGAAGCUUUGGGUAUCACACAAGAUCUAUUCAGCAGCUGUGCAAACGACCCUACAAACUGUAUGGAAGCCCUCAACAACAUUUUCAUUGUUGGGCCGCGUGAAAACAUUAUCAGUGGCCUUCAGUGCAUGGAAGAUCGUUUUAACACAACCAGUGAGAGUAAACUUUUUCAGGAUGGCAACUCUAUGGUCAGGGCGUUCAGGGUCACUUCUCCCCCUGAUUACUUUGACAUUUAUGCAAGUGGAAAUAAUAUAACAGCAAGUCCUGGUCUCUCCAACCUGAUGGUGACGGCUCGUCUGCCGAAGGAGAUUUUCACUAGACAAUUUCCCAAAAUUGUGUUUUCAACAUUUUUCCUACCAAACAGGGCAUUUUUCUCAGAAAAUCUAAUUGAAGGCAGACUGAUUGGCCUGAAGGUGGCUUACAAGCAAUUCUCUGGACUACAGCGACGAUUCAACAUCACCUUCUAUAAUUUCACAAUCUAUAAUGAGUCUUUAAUCCCCCAGUGUGUGUUCUUAAAUUAUUCAACCCAAACAUUCAGCCGUGAAGGCUGUGAGACCCUGUGGGAACCUAGAUGGAGUAAAAUCACCUGUUCCUGUAACCAUCUCACAAUCUUUGCUGUGCUUUUGGUGAAUGUUCAAAGCUCAGAGGGAUCUACUUCUUUUCUUUCAGUUGAGGACCAGCAGAUCCUGAAAUACAUCAGUCUUGUGGGAUGUAGUCUUUCUCUGGUUACUAUGAUCAUCGCUGUUCUGAUUUUCAUCACAAAUAAACAAAUCAGAGCAGAUGACACUAAGAAGGUGCACAUCAGCCUUGUAAUUGCUCUGAUCCUACUCAACGUACACUUCCUAUCCACUGAGACAGCUGCAAAAACCUCCUCCACUGAACUUUGUUUCUACGUGGCUAUUUCUCUUCACUACUACCUGUUGGCCACUUUCAGCUGGAUGCUGUUGGAGGGGUUCCACCUCUACCUUCUUGUAGUCAAAGUCUUCAACAUCUAUAUCAAGAGAUACAUGCUUAAAGCCAGUGUGGUGGGCUGGGGCAUUCCUGCUGUCAUUGUGUCAGUGGUUGUGAGCAUAGACAGAGGAGCAUAUGGUCAUGUUGCUCUGGACUUGUCUAACCCCAACAGCACUAAAAUAUGCUAUAUAACCAAUAACACAGUAAAGUUGGUGUCAGCACUGGGAGUGUUUUGCUUGGUGUUCUUUGUCAACGUGGCUGUUUUUGUGGUGAUAGUCAAAUGGGUUUUGUCCAGCCAGUCUAGCAAACAGUUUGGGCAGAGUGAUCGUAACGAAGCCAAGCGAAACCUUUGCACCCUGCUGUCAAUCAUGGUUCUGCUCGGCAUUACCUGGGGCCUGAUCUUCUUCUCUUUUGGCUAUCUGAGCACACCUGGCCUCUACAUCUUCUGCAUUAUGAACUCAUUGCAAGGUGUCUUCAUCUUCUUGUACUUUGUGUUGUCUUGGAAAAAGAUCAAAGAUUCAAAUAAAAUUUCCACACAGAGCACCAGCUAAACCUAAACGGCAACUACCAUUUAUCAUUAAGCUGCACGCAUAUAUUAUCAAGCUGCGCCGCAGAAUCGUUGCACUGAUGAGAGCUCCGUGCCGACUCGCUCUUUUUGUUUUAUUCACAAUUAUUUUUUUGACCUUUUGCACUUGCACUGCACCUAAACUCUAUAAGUAGACUCUGAAUCAUUGUUACAGAAUCAGUAACAGAGGGCAGCCUUGGCGGAGUCCAACCCACACUGGAAACGAUUCUGAUUUACUGCCGGCA